CCUGAUGCGUAUAUGCGUCCUGUCAAAACAACCGCCAUUUUAACAGAUAAUUCCUCUAGAUUUAGAGUUAACAAAUUAACACAUAAAUAGCGAAACGAGAGUUCUGUGAGUAUAAUGUGCGCUUAAUAAAUAAGAGGCAACGAAAUUAAGUUCAAUUAUACUUAAGUUUAGUUAUUAAUCGGUGUACUUGUGUAGUUUUUGGGUCAAUAUGAGUAAAAAAGCGUUCAACGUUGGUGAUAUGGUUUUCGCCAAAGUUAAAGGAUAUCCAGCUUGGCCUGCAAAGGUUGUUGCAGUUAACGGCAAGAAAUAUGAGGUUGACUUUUAUGGAACAGGAGAAAAGGGUAUGAUUAAGGUGGAGGAUCUCUUUUAUUAUCUAAAACACAAGGAGCAAUUUUGCAAGAAUUUAAAACGUAAAGAUUACAUCGAAGCUGUGGAACAAAUUGAGGCUGAAAUUAAAGAAUCUGGAACAGAUGGAAAUUCAAAAGGAAAUGAGGAAGAUCCUGCUGAGGAGGUUCAAGAGAAACAAGAAAAAGGAAAAGGGCGAAAAAGGAAGCGCUCGAAUUCGAAUAAUGAAGGAAAAAAAUUGUCUCAUUCAUCUAAUGAUAGCUUAGUAAUAGAAGAAUCAGAAAAUUCACUUCUUGAUGAUUCAACAAACGAAAAUGAUUCCAAAAUAUCACUCCCAGCUGUUAGUAGAAGUGGAAGAGUAAUAAAAACAAAAAGGUAUUCCCUUCAAAGUGAAGAUGAAGAAAAACGCGCAACAAAGCGGAGAAGAUCGAUGCCAGAAGGAAAUCAAAUCAGUGCCGAAGGUGGAAAAUCGCCGAAAUUGGAAGCUAUCAAUGAAGAGAAAAAUGAUGUUGAAAAAACGACGAAAAUUGAAGUAGAAAUAGAAGAAAAAUUAAAUGAUGAUGAAGAAAACAAUGAAAAUAAAACAAAAAUUGAUGAAAACAAAGAUGUAAAGGAAAUGAAGGAAGAGAAAGAGGAAAAAGCAUUGAAAUCAGAACCAGUUGAAGUAAGAAUAAUAACCCCUCAAUAUUUGCAAACAAUUAUUUCGUAUGCAGAACAUGUUAAAGCAAACGAAAAAAGAUAUAAAGGUUUAAAAGAAGAACCGAGAGAAUGUUUUGAAAAUGAAGUUGUUUUAGCAACUUUACCAUCUGGAAAUUUAGUCGGCAUAAAAUACGGAACAAACACUUCAAAACAUUCAUCAGAAUACGAUCGGGCACUCUCAGAUGAAGAAGAAGCAAAAACGUUACUUUCAUUAAAAGACUUAGUCGAAAACGGUAAUUGUAAACCGGAAGACGACCCAAAUAUGUUCAUUUUAAACGUGGAACCACCCGAUGAUGAACAAGACAGUAAAGCAAUGGAAAUGACCAACAAUAAAAUAAGAUUAUUAAAAACGGAAGCUUCUUUAGUUGAUUAUGAUGGAAAAAUUAAAACUUCUUUGGAUUUGGAGAAAGCUGAGCCGAAAAUCGCGUUGGAAUAUUUGGAUUUAAUGAGUGAAUUGAAUAUUACUCCAGUUAUGUUGAAAAAAUAUCCUGCUGUUGUUGAUAUGAUGAAUUUAUUAACAAAAUACGUUGGAAAUGCAAAAGAAUGGAAAUUAACAGGACAAGAUUUAGAAAUUUUCCAAAAAGACGCCGAAAAAAUCAGAAACAAAGCAAAAGAAAUCAUUUUGAAAUUUAAAGUUCUAUUCUCUGUGCCAGAAAAAAGUUCAUUUUUGACUGUGUUUAAUCGAUCUCUUGAAGUUUUUAAAGAAGAAACUAAAGAUUUAAAAGAAAACGAAGUUUUUGCACUUUGUGCUGAACCAUAUUCGCGACAAACUUUCUUUGAUAACCACACAUUAAAAUUAGACAUAGAUUCCCCUCAAAAAGAAGAAACCGUUUCCGAACAAGAUAAUUGCUCAAAUAAACCAACCACUGAUAAAGAGGAAGAGAAAAAUGACGUUGAAUAAGUGUGUGUGAUUGUGUUAAAUUAACUCUUUAUCGUAAAAGAUUUACAUUUGUGUUAAUUUUUAAUAAUUACAAUUUUUAACCUUAGGUUAAAGUUAUUCGAACCUAUUUUUUUACAUUUGCCACAAAAAGAUAUGAUAAAGGGUUAAAAAUCGUCCUUUGUACAUAGUGAUUUGUAUUACAAAGCGUAUCCUUGAAAAACAAAAUGUUAUUUACCUAUAAAGUUUUUAUAAUUAAGAAAUUUUCCUAUGAAUUACAAUGUAUAAUUAUUAUUAAAAAAAAAGAUGUAAUCGUAAGCUGUUGUGGAAAAGACAAUUUGUAAAACAACAUUAAAAUGCUUAUUAAUUAAAUCUAUUUUCUAAAAAGAA